UCAAGGUCUUUAUUAGGCAGAGAAAAACUCAACAGGUACAAUGCAGACCAAGCAGAUGGAAUUAAUACAAUUAAUUGCUGUGUUCCUCCUAUUCUGGGUCGGGGUUGAGGCUGUUAUCAACCUUAAAUAUGGAAUAAACGAAGAGAUGAAGCCCGGGUCAGUGAUUGGAAACGUGACAAAGGAUGCACUAAAGCAAGGAUUUCAGAUCGCACCGCAGCCCCCUUACUUACGGGUUAUUUCCAAUUCUGAACCACGAUGGGUGGAACUCAGUCCAGCCGGAAUCCUUACAACCCAAAUGAAAAUAGAUCGGGAUGUAGUUUGUCGACAGAACCCAAAGUGCAUUAUUUCCCUAGAAGUGAUGUCAAACUCUAUGGAGAUCUGUGUCAUCAAAGUUGAAAUUGAGGAUUUGAACGAUAACGCGCCGAGAUUCCCAACGAGCCACAUUGACAUUGAAAUUUCAGAGAAUGCCUCCCCUGGUACCAGGUUUCCCCUAGAGGGGGCAAGCGAUCCGGACUCGGGGAUCUUUGGAGUGCAAUCAUAUUCCAUCACCCCAAAUGAGCUUUUCGGACUAGAAAUAAAGACCAGAGGGGAUGGGUCCAAAAUUGCUGAGCUUGUCGUGCAAAAAUCGUUAGACAGAGAGACCCAGUCUCACUAUACAUAUGAAAUCAGCGCAGAAGAUGGAGGAGACCCUCCAAAGAUAGGCGCGGUCCAGUUAAAUAUCAAGGUAAUUGAUUCUAAUGACAACAAUCCUGUUUUUGACGAGCCAGUGUACACAGUCAAUGUGAUGGAGAAUUCCCCUAUCAAUACAUUAGUCAUUGACUUGAAUGCAACGGAUCCUGACGAGGGCACUAAUGGAGAGGUUGUGUACUCGUUCAACAGUUACGUCACCGAAAAAACGAGGGAUGCGUUCAAAAUUGACCCCAGAACCGGGAUCAUCACUGUCAACGGUGUUUUGGAUUAUGAAACAGCGCAAAUAUAUGAGAUCGACGUCCAGGCCAAAGAUUUAGGUCCCAACUCUAUCCCAGCUCACUGCAAAGUCACAGUGAAUGUGAUGGAUACGAACGAUAACCCACCUAUCAUCAGUUUACUCUCACUGAACACAGAGAUGGUCGAAGUUAGUGAAAACGCACAGCGUGGAUAUGUCAUUGCAUUAGUCAGGGUGUCUGAUAAAGAUUCUGGGGCAAACGGCAAAGUGCAGUGCAGGCUGCAGGGCAACGUACCGUUCAGACUUCAAGAAUAUGAGAGCUUCUCCACUAUACUUGUUGAUGGCAGGCUGGACAGAGAGCAAAAGGACACAUAUAACCUAACCAUCCAAGCGGAGGACAGUGGCAUCCCUCCUUUACGCGCCACAAAAUCUCUGGUAGUCAAAGUCACAGAUGAAAAUGACAACCCUCCCCACUUCCUCAAGCCACACUAUCAAGAGAUGGUAAUGGAAAACAACCUCCCGGGCUCAUGUCUGCUCGCAGUAUCAGCAGAAGACCCGGACCUGGGGAUGAAUGGCACCGUUUCAUAUUCCAUAGUCCCUGGUGAGAUUAAGCACAUGGAUGUAAACACAUAUGUCAGCAUAAACCCAUCAGGCCGCAUUUACUCCAUGAGAUCAUUCGACCAUGAAUACACCAGGACUUUUGAUUUCAAAGUUUUGGCCAGAGACAAUGGCAAUCCCUCUCUAUCAAGUAACGCGACUGUGCGUAUUGUCGUGUUGGAUGUCAACGACAACACACCUGUUAUGACAAACCCUCCCCUUGUUAAUGGCACCGCAGAGGUUUCCAUCCCCAGAAACGCUGGAUUGGGUUACAUGGUGACCCAGGUGAAAGCAGACGAUUAUGACGAGGGGGAGAACGGGCGGCUGACUUACACCAUAUCAGAGGGGGACAGGCCUUUCUUUGAAAUCGACCAGGUGAACGGUGAGGUGCGCUCCACCAGGAUGUUUGGAGAAAACGCCAAAUCCACCUAUGAGAUCACAGUGGUGGCCAGAGACCACGGCAAGCCAUCCUUGUCCGCCUCGGCCUACAUUGUGGUGUACCUGUCCCCAGACCUGAACGCGCAGGAGUCUAUUGGACCUGUCAACCUUUCCCUCAUCUUCAUCAUCGCCCUGGGCUCUAUCGCAGCUAUCCUGUUUGUCACCAUGAUUUUUGUGGCAGUCAAAUGCAAGAGGGACAACAAGGAGAUCCGGACGUAUAACUGCAGGGUGGCGGAGUACUCAUAUGGCAACCAGAAGAAGUCCAGCAAGAAGAAGAAGCUGAGCAAGAAUGACAUCCGCCUGGUGCCACGUGACGUCGAGGAGACAGACAAGAUGAAUGUGGUGAGUUGCUCAUCUCUCACCUCCUCGCUCAACUACUUCGACUACCACCAGCAGAGCCUGCCUCUGGGCUGCAGGCGCUCCGAGAGCACCUUCCUCAACGUGGAGAACCAGAACUCACGCAAUGCAGCUCCCAACCAUGGCUAUCAGCACCCGUUCACUGGGCAGGGCCACCAGCAGCCAGACCUCAUCAUCAACGGCAUGCCACUGCCAGAGACGGAGAAUUAUUCCAUUGACUCCAGUUAUGUGAACAGCAGAGCCCACCUCAUUAAAAGCACAUCGACAUUCAAGGACCUGGAGGGGAACAGUCUGAAGGACAGUGGCCACGAGGAGAGCGACCAGACUGACAGCGAACAUGAUGUCCAGAGAGGACACUAUGUUGACACGGCUGUCAAUGACGUGCUGAACAUGACUGUCCCCCCUAAUGUUUGCCAGCUGCCUGACCAAGAUCCCAGUGAAGGCUUUCACUGCCAAGAUGAGUGUCGCAUCCUAGGCCACUCUGACCGCUGCUGGAUGCCUCGCGUCUCCAUCCCAGCACGUGCCAAGUCACCUGAGCACGCCCGUAAUGUCAUUGCUUUGUCUAUUGAGGCCACCACAGUAGAUGUGCCCCACUAUGAGGAUGGCACCACCAAGAGGACUUUUGCCACCUUCGGCAAGGAUGGGCCUGAGGACGUGGAACGGGGCGAGAUUAAGGGAAAGCGGACUCAGGAGUCUCAGGUGUGUAGCCCCAAGGCCAAUGGAGGGGCUGUCCGUGAAGCUGGCAAUGGGCGUGAGGCAGCUAGCCCCAUUACUUCCCCUGUGCACCUGAAGAGCCCAAUGUCCAAGCCGUCAUCUGCCUACAACACAUUGAAAUGCCGCGACGCAGAGCGAAUUGCCAACCACAGCCUGCUGCGGCAGCCGGAGGGGAAGGACAGUGAGCCGGCUGUCAGGGAGAUCAACACGCUUCUCCACGAUGGCCGAGACAAGGAAUCCCCAAGCAGCAAGCGCCUGAAGGACAUUGUGCUUUAGCGAGCUUCUCUAUGACACACACCAACAUGCUUACACACAUACAGUGUAAACUCACAUAUAUAUACCCCGCAAUAGCUGUGUGUACACAGAAGAAAGUCAGGCUGUGGAAGUAGAGAGACACACCCAUUUGCAGUAUACAAUAACCAAGAACCAGCUUGGGCUGAGGAUGAUGAACUGUAGUAUGCUGCAGCUAGUUGUGUGCUCACGCAGAGGUAGUGGAUGUGGCUUUGUUGUAGUCGCAGUACUUUCUCCUUGUUUGCUUUUUGUUCAGUUUUCUUUCUAUCAGUCUGCAAUGAGUGGACAGGCAGGUUACUGUUGACUGCAUGGACAUGGCCAGUGGAAGUCUCCAGCCCUUGCACCAAAGCAGGACACUACGUGUUUGGACACCUGAGGUGCCAGUUCAUAAGUACAGUUAUGCCUUUUAAACUUUUGUAUCACAAACUGAUAUUUGCCUUCUUUGGUUUUGCAGUUUGUUCUAGCUGCCAAAAUCGCUCUGUGUUCCUUUGUAUAGUGAGCUCCGUCAAUGUAAUAAACAAGACAUACACAGGAUUCAUCUUAAAAUAUCCUCAAUUUACUCCUUCAACAGUUUUCAGUGCAUUCAGGAGAAGGAAAGGGAGGCUUCUCAGUCUCAUCAGCCCCUCUCCCUGACUAAUAAGAGAAACUUUCUCUGCGUAUCCCUGAGGACAUCCUAGUGUCAUCAGACUGUGAGGUCUUUACAGUAUUUAUAUUUUAUCACGGAUGGAGCUAAAUGAACUCUCGCUAUCUGCCCAGCCGCUCUGAACACUGGAAGUGGGACAGACAGAUCCUUGUGUUCAAAUUGAGUUGUAUGAAAAAAGACUUAAUGCUUUUGAAAAUCUCCUGUGCCCAACCUUGAUUGUAGCCAGUGGAGCACAAAUUAGAACUUUGUGCUCUGGUCUUGUACUUUUUUUGACUUUUGACUAUGGGGCUAGGAUAGAAGGGAUCGUCACUCAUGUCUUGCUAUGUGAAACUCUGUAUAGGGUUUACUAUUAUCAUUUUUAAUAACCUGUUGUUAUGUGACAAUCCCUUUAAUGUUUUGUUUCAAGAGAAAAAACAAAUAAACAUUGGUGUUCAACUGAAGCUACAGUAGCGUUUGUUACACAAACACAAAAAUGAAAAAAAACAUAUAUGCCAAAAUAUAUUUUAUAAAUAAUUUAAAAAUGUAUAAUGAGAAUAUUUAAUGAUGUGUAGUUAUUUUAUGAGUAAGUUAUACUUGAAAUUAACUUGCUUUUGUUCAUUUGUCCUUUGCUUUUAUAUUGAACCUGAUUUGUUUUUUAUUUUCAAAAUGAACUUGGAUUAUUUUUUUGUUUACUGUGUGACCCCUGGCAACUGUUGACUUGCAGUCUACCUUGUUGUAAAGAGUUUCUUAUUGGUCAGUUCUUGUGCCAUCAAGUUUCUGUGUGGGCUA